AUAAUCUCACACUUCACCCUUUAUAUAACCAUCUUCAUCCUUCCUACGCCAUUUCUCUCUUAUUUCCAACACACAAUUUCGUUGAUUCUCUCUCAUUUCCAUAUUCGAAAAAAAUCAAGUUCUCACCAUUCACCUUCCACUAUGACAUCAUAUUCAAGGAGAUCAAGGUAUUCCCCCUCUCCCUCGCCCUCGCCUUCUCCAUACAGGCGAUACAGUAGGUCUGUUUCCCGAUCUCUUUCAAGGAGCGUAACACCAGAUGUGGAAAAUCCAGGAAACAAUUUGUAUGUGACAGGACUGUCUCCUAGGAUCACCAAGAGGGAACUGGAGAAGCAUUUUUCUGCUAAAGGAAAAGUGGUAGAUGUUCAUCUGGUUGUUGAUCCAUGGACAAGGGAAUCCCGUGGUUUUGGAUUUGUGACAAUGGAUACUUUAGAAGAAGCUGAUCGUUGUGUGAAGUAUCUGAAUCGCUCUGUACUUGAAGGUCGUGUUAUUACGGUUGAGAAGGCUAGAAGACGACGUGGUCGAACCCCAACACCUGGGAAAUAUCUUGGUCUCAAAACUAUUCGAGGACGGCGACGCUCUCCAAGCUACUCUCCUCGACGAUCGCCUAGCUAUUCUCCUUAUAGAAGAAGCUACAAUCGUUCACCUUAUUCAUCAGACCAUAGUAGGAGUCGCUCUUACUCACCUGAUUACAGGCGAAGGAGGUCUUACUCUCCUGACUACAGGCGAAGGAGGGCAUACUCACCAUACUACAGUCGACGCAGAUCGUACUAUCGUUAUGACCGGCACAGAUCAUAUUCUCGGUCUCGCUCUCCUUACAGCAGGUCUCCUGUCAGAAUGCGUGAUAGAUCAUACUCUCCCUAUGGUUCCAGAUAUGAAUCACCUGAUGAUAGCUACUGUGGAAGGUACCGUUACAGGUCGGUUUCUCGAAGUGUUUCACCAAGGCCAAGGAGGUCAAGGAGGAGCUACUCGCGAAGUGCAUCUCCUGUUCGAAGUGUCUCCCCCAGGGCAAGAAAGAGAUCAGGAAGGAGUCAUUCAAGAAUUUCUAGAAGGAGUGGCGGUUAUUCCAAAGUUAAGCAUUCUCGAUCAAGAAGCUCAAGUGUGAGUGCGAGUUCAAGAUCGUUUUCAAGGUCCAACACUCCUGGAACUACCUCUCCUUCAAACUGAACAACUAGUUUAUCCUAGAUUAGCUUUGAUAAUAGUCUUAAUCAGCGUGGAAGCAUAUAUAGAUUCGUAGAUGGAGUGUUUUAGUACUUUAGUUUUGUUCAGGACUUGUGUUGAGACACCUAAUUGUUAUGUUUUUUCUUUUGAAGGAGUGCACAGUGUUAUGUUAUAUACCAUGGUUAUUUGAUUUACUUUUUA